GAGUGAGAGGCGACAGAUAGGCGUCCCACCGACAACAUUUAGACACUAUUUAACUUUUGUCGGACCACCCAGCCACUGUUUGGGCUUUUAUUUUAUUUUAACCAUGACACCUUUAACUGUGCGCCAGCGGUACGAUACAUGCGUUAUAACGGCUGGGGAGCGGAAGUAAAAGGAGGAGGGAAGUUGUUAAGGGGAAAAGAAACCUCUAAAAAGUGAUUUUCGUCCAGUCAAGUUCAACUCAAAUCUCGUCUUUUUAGAGGAAGGGUGGCCCUGGAGAGUUUGGGGGGCAUGGACACCCACGUUAAGGAGGGACAACUUUAUGUGCAGCAUCAAAAGUUUGGCAAGAAAUGGAAGAAGAACUGGUUCGUCCUGUUCCCCGCCAGCCAGAACGGCAUCGCCCGCCUCGAGUUCUACGACUCCGGCGGCGGCGGAGGCUCGGGGAGCGGGUCCACGGAGAAGUCCAGGAAGCUCGACAAGAAGAUCAUCCGCCUGUCCGAGUGCAUCUCCAUCCUGCCGGCGCUGACGGAGAGCUGUCCCAAAGAGAACAUGUCGGCCUUCUGCGUGGAGACCAACGACAAGACGCACGUGUUCUCCGCCGAGAGGAACACUGCCAAGGACUGGAUGGACACCAUGUGUGACAUCGCCUUUAAGGGCGGCAGCAGCAGCAGCAGUGCGGCUGCAGACCCUAACGGAGGGGGCCUCGACCUGCAGAUGUCUGAAAACCUCAUCUACUACUCCAGAGAGGAGGUGAACGAGUUCUGGGUGAGCGUGCAGCGCACCGAGGCGUCAGAGCGCUGCGGGAUGACGGGCAGCUACUGGCUGAAGGCCGAGAACGACAUCUUGUUCUUAAAGGAACCGAAGACCAAGAGGGACGUUCUGGCGUGGCCCUACAAGCUGCUGCGGAGAUACGGCCGGGACCGGGUGAUGUUUUCCUUCGAGGCUGGCCGGCGCUGCGACUCAGGCCCCGGGAACUUCACCUUUGACACCAAGCAGGGCAACGAGAUCUUCACGCUGGUGGACCAGGCCAUCCAGUCGCAGAAGGUCCAGGCCGAGGAGCGCCACCUCAGCGGCCCCCUCAACUUCGACCCCGACUGCCCGUUGUCCCUGCAGCACAUACGCAACGCCCCCCCCAGCAGCCUAACAGGAAGUGGGGACAGCAGCAGCUGCAGCAGCCGGGAGGCCGACGGAGAUUCAGGGGGCAGCAAACCAGGCUCUGCUGACGGAGUGCUGGGGAAGAGAGAGGGUGGAGAUGGAGGGGGAGGAGGAGGAGGAGGAGGAGGGAGGGGGCAAGGAACAGGACUAAAGGGGAGGAGUUUACCAGAACCUCCAGCCAUAAUGGGCGUUAUGGGAAGUGGGGGGGCCCCUGCGAAGUCUCCAAGAGGUCAGGUGGCAGCGAAAGGUGCUGAUGAACACGCAGCUCUUUACUCUGAGCCGGCAGACUCCGUGCGCCUGCCUCUGCACGCCGGAGACUGCCUCUACUCCGACCCCGUGGACACCAUCAAAGCUCAGAGCCAGAGCAGCACCCACCCUGUGGCCCCCCCCCGCCUCCGACCAGCAGGAGAUGAUGCUCCGGGAGUUCAAGGGGAUCAUCACCUGGGAGGCAGGAAGCUGCCGGACCUGUACUCGCACGUGUAUGACCGGAUCAGCCUGGAGCUGAGCCAGAAGACGGGCGCGCUGAGUCUGAACGGAGCCGCGGGGGGGGGCAGAGGGGGGAACAGCAACAGGAGGCCCCCAGGAGGUCAGACAGAAGGAGCUUUAACACCUACCGCUGCGCGUCUGGAGCACAUCUACGACGAACCAGAGGGCCGCGCCUCCACCGGUAAAUCAGGGAUGACAAUUUAUGACGAGGCCCGUCUGGAGCCCCACAUCCACAGGAGGAAGGACGAGGCGGCCCCUUCAGGGCCGGAGGGAACUUACAGCACUGCUUCGCAUGCAAAGCCAAUAGACCCCCACAAACACUCGCCCCCGCAGCCGGCCCAGAGCCGUGGCACGCCUCAACCCCCUGCACCGAGGUGGCCCAAACCCCUCACUGGCCCGAAGCCCGGCAGGAUGAAGAAGGAGCCGGUGCCGCUGCCCCCCGGAAAACAUGGAGGCAAUAAUGUAAACAACAACAACAAUCUAUGGGGGGGAGGGGACACGGGGCAGGAGCUGUACAGCAAAGUGUCAAAGAAGAAACCUCCACCUGCUGACUCGUGGAAUUCGCUGAGAUCACCUGAAUGCAUCUACGACAACCUGGGAGACGUCUGACACGAGGACUAACAGACGAAACCUUUAUCCCCUUUGUGAAAAGAGGAGAAGUGCAAAUGCAGAACACUCAGUCGUGGCCUUUAUUCCUGCAGCUUUUGUAACAUUUCUUCAAAAUGUGGACUGGCAUCAUUAUGUCGAUUUAUUGGAAGUAGAUCAAAGCACAACUAUAAGAUCAUGGCUGCAUGGAGUGAGACUAUGGAAGGGCCACCCUGUGUGUGUGUGUGUGUGUGUGUGUGUGUGUGUGUGUGUGUGUGUGUGUGUGUGUGUGUGUGUGUGUGUGUGUGUGUGUGUGUGUGUGUGUGUGUGUGUGAGAAAGAGAGAGUGGGUGUUUGCAUGGUCAAACCCAUAACUGGAGUACCAAGCCACAGUGUGGUGGGAAGCUGCCACUUUUCUAUAACUCACAUUGCACACACAGCGUCUGGAUGUGCCAGAAGGAGCCCGGCCUGCAGGCUUCACUUUAACAAGCUGAGAGAGUGGCUUGGCUCCUUUUUAUAAAGUAUCCACCGUGCUUAUGAAGUUACUAGGAAACAUGUUUUUGCACUGCUUAGGUCCGGAGUAUCUUUGAGGCUUCAACAAAAGGAGCUGGCUUUUUCUGUUUGUGUAUUCUGGACUGAUCCAUCUUCUCAAUGAGCGGGGAGAUUUACAACAUCUGCAGCCGAGGACACUAAUAUGUGUCGUUGCAUCUGAGGAUGCAUUAAAUACAAAAACAUUGUUGCUACUGUUUUAAAGGAAGUGAGACAUAAAUGGGUCAUAAAUAGGUCCUGAGGGUCACAUGGUCGUCAUUAAAUUACAGGUGACUUCCUGCACAACACAAUAUUAUUGAAACUUUUAUGUUUCUAAUUACAGAAAAACUAAAUAUGAAGCUAACAAUCCCCGGCAAUGUGUCAGUGUGUAUGUGUCAGAAACAGCUGUGCUGUCUGUAAAUAUAACUAUUAAUAAAAAUGGCUCC